AUAAAUUUGUAAAAAGUUGAAUUAUUAGGGUGCAAACACAAUAUUGUGACUGAAACGUUUCCCGCAUCGGCCGACCCACGACUCUGCCGGCGACAGCGACUCGUCCACCCAACACGUGCUCAAAAUGGUGGAGCGCAGCCGGCGGCCCAAGACGAGCGGCGGUCGGCGGCGCGGCGCGGCCGGGCCGCGGCCGGUCGGCCCGCCGCCCGAGUCGGAGUCGCCGUGGCGGCCGGCCGGCGGCUCUGUGCCCGUCGAGGCGCGCGAGUCCAUCCUCCGGCUGGUGGCCGAGCACCCACAGGGAAUAUACUUGGACGAAUUCAAUCAGAAACACCUGGCAAUGGUCGGGCACGCUAUCGCCUACAUCACCCUGGGCUUCUUGUCGCUGAAGGGCCUGAUGGAGUCGAUACCGGAGCUGGUCCGACUCAAGGAGACUCCCACGGGCGACAAGGUGUUCCCCAUCCCGGCGCCAGGCGCUGGCUCCUCAGCGACCCCGUCCACCGCACCUGAAGCCCAGGACGCGUCGCCAGCCACUGCCUUCCUAUCCUUCGAGGAUUCUGUUCGCGGCUUCUCGGAGGAGCUGGUGAAGGUGAUUUCCGCGCAGAGCGAGUGCGUCAAGGUGUCCGACGUCCCCAACUUGUACUACCGCGAGUUUGGCCGCGGCCUCGACUACCAGCAGCAGGGCUUCACCAGCCUGCUGGAGGCGCUGGCCUCGCUCAGCGCGCCCUUCCACCUGGAGAAGCGCGACGACGACUGGCACGUCAGUGUGAGGAGGCCGGGCGGGCGGCGGGCCCGCGCGGCCAGCGGCGCCCAGGGGCCUGCAGCUGCCGGCGACACGGGCCGACUGCACUCGCCCAAAUCAGAUGCGACUGGGGUCGUCCCGUCGGCGGCGGGCGGGGACGCCGCGCGCUCGCCCGUACCGCCUGCGCGGUUCGCCAUUCAGCAGCUCGUCUGGCUGGAGGAGGGCCGCCAGGUGGCCACCGAGACCGGCUACCCGCUGCUCGAGGUGGUCGUCACGCACGCCCGCUCUCCGGGUGAGUUUUUCUUCCGUCUGGGCAGCAGCGGCGCAGAGCUGGUGCGCCUGGAGGCCGCCCUGGCCGCUGUGUACGGCGGACAGCACCGGGCGCCGGCCAUGCGGCACUGGACGGCCGGCCGGCCGCUGGCCGCCCGCACCCACGCCGGCUGGAGGCGCGCCGUCCUGCUCGGCCGCGCUGCCGAACAAGUGAAGGUGUAUCUAGUGGACACGGGCGCGCGGCUGCUGCUGUCGCUGGAAGCCGUCCGACCCCUGGACGACCAGUUCAUGAAACUGCCGGCGCUGGCGCACGAGGGGUCUCUGGCGCGGGUGGCGCCGCCCCACGGCAUCUGGUCGCGGCCGGCGCAGACCGUCUUCGAUAAGCUGGUGCGCGGCGGCGUGCCUCUGAUGGCCACCGUCCUGCAGCAGUCCCAGUACGUCAGCGCGCUGCUGCUGUGCGACACCCGCGGUGAGACGGACGUCCACGUCGGCGACGAGCUGGUGUCGGCCGGCGCGGCGGUGGUUCAGCCGCAGCACGACUGGCCGCCGGCGACGCUGCGCACCCCCAACUCUCGGCUGCUGAGCGACCUCUACGCGGCGCUGGGCACGCCCGACGACCACCGCCGGCCGGCUGUCAACGGGGAGGUGCGGACGCCGCCCGAGGGCGCCGAGCUCCUGUCUCCGGCCAGCCGGCAGCUGCCGGAGGCUGGUCACUGCGACACCGGCCUGGUCGACCAGAUCAACGCGCUGAAAAUCCAGUGCGUUUGACGGCACUGCGCUGUGCUCCAGUUACGACGCCCACAAGCAGUCCGAGGGUGCGCCGGCGGGUCCGCGGCGGGCGGCGCUCAGAGCGCGCCACCUGCGCCUGGAGGCCGAGCUGCAGCGGCUGCAGGCAUCGCGAUAAGUCCGCAGACCGCAGUGAGGCCCGCGAUAAGUCCCGCAGACCUCAGUGAGGCCCGCGACGAGUCCUGCAGACCUCAGCUCGCGAUAAGUCUCGCAGACCUCAGCUCGCGAUAAGACGUCCCGCAGACCUCAGCUCGCGAUAAGUCCCACGGACCUCAGUGAGACAUGCGAUAAGUCCCGCAGACCUCCGUGAGACCCGCGAUAAGUCCCGCAGACCUCAGUGAGGCCCGCGAUAAGUCCCGCAGACCGCAGUGAGGCCCGCGAUAAGUCCCGCAGACCUCAGCUCGCGAUAAGUCCCACGGACCUCAGUGAGACAUGCGAUAAGUCCCGCAGACCUCCGUGAGACCCGCGAUAAGUCCCGCAGACCUCAGUGAGACCCGCGAUAAGUCCCGCAGACCCAGUGAGACCCGCGGCGGGCGCGGGUCUCACUUUAUUGUACCUGUACCUCGCAUUGUACCUGGCACCGGGCAGCGGGGCGCAGUCCCGGUCCCGGCAGCGUGCGCAGAUAGGUGUUGCUUUGCAUGACUCCUCCGAGUACGUUAUUCGGAGCGGCUGUGACUGCUCGUCCAGAGUGUUAGGUAAAUGUAAUAAAUUAAUUCUCACAGUUGCC